AUGGAUGACACUAACUUUACUGAUAGUAAGCGUAAUAGCAACAUGAAGUUUGGAACUGCUAAAAAGUUUAAUCAUAAAAAAUUCAAUAAUAGUAAAAAAUUCACUAAAGAAUAUAAGAUACGUGAAAUACAGAAAAACUUGCAUAGACGUGCCAAACAAAAGAAAGAUUAUCUAAAGGCCUUACAAGAAGAAGGCUACUCUCUCCCUGAGAAACAAUAUUCUGAAGAACGUAAAAGUGCUAAGGCUUUGAGGAAAGAAAGAGCCUUAGAGGGCAAGAAAAGAAUAGACGAGAAGAAAGAAAUCAAAAGAGAACGUAAAAAAGAAAAAAAACAAAGAGAAGAAGAACAUAGGCGUUAUGAAUUGGAAAGAAUCCAAACUAUAGAAAGAAAAGAGCGUGAACGAGAGAUAAGAAAGAAAAGAAUGACUCAAAAAACAAAGAGAGGCCAACCAAAAAUGGGUCCAAAGAUUGACGAUUUAUUAGAUAAAAUCAAGAAUGAUGAUAUGUAUACUAUGUAA